AUGGAAAGCAUCAUCUAUCAUUCUCCAUACCCUACUCCAAGUGUUCCAACUGAUUUGAGCGUCUCGCAAUUUCUACUUCGAAGUGAUCCCGACGACACACAUCCAGACACAGUUGUCCUUGCAGACUUCGACGCCCCAGAAGAACGAUUCGUAACUUACGAAGGCAUCCGCCUAAACGCCUCACGGGAUGCAGCCACCUUGCGAAAUAAGUACGGUCUACAUCAAAAUGACGUGGUUUGUAUCUACGGCUUCAAUUCGGUGUAUUGGGCAUCGCUAGCACACGCGACCUUGUGGGCAGGCGGAUGCUUCUGCGGGAUCAAUCCACUGGCUACCAGUUUUGAGUUGGUUCAUUAUUUCCAAGUUGCACAGCCCAAGGCGGUCGCUGUUGAUGCGAGGCUGCUUGUAAAUGUCCAAGACGCUUGCAAACAGCUCUCUAUUUCACCUCAUAUCAUCGUUAUUGAUGAUGGUACACCUUCCAAAGAUGGAUAUGACAUUUAUCCCUUAAAUUUCAGAGAUCAGCCCGGCUCGAUUAAACCCUUCGAUCUCUCCGCCCAGGACAACAGAGUCCAACCAGCGGCAAUUUGCUUCAGUUCGGGAACCUCCGGCCCUCCCAAAGGGGUGAUCAUGUCUCAUCACAAUCUCUUGGCUCAGAUUAUGGCCAUUCGAGCCACAAACCCGUUUCUCCAUAGCUCUCGGAACCGAGAGGUCUUCUUUCCCUCAUUCGCUCAUGUCUAUGGGGUGGUAUCGGCGGUUCUAGUUCCAGCGUGGGUUGGAUCAUACUUGCAGCCGAUGAAGAGAUUCGAUUACAUGCAAUACCUUCAACGAUGCUCGGAAAUCCGAGCCACCGUCCUUCGGCUCGUACCAACCGCAGCUGUGAGAAUGGUGAAAGAUCCUGAGGUGAAAAGGUUGGAUCUUACCUCUGUCCAGGCGGUCAUGUGUUCUGGUGCUGCUUUAUCGGAAGAAACGAUAACGGGGCUGAAGAACAUACUCGGAUAUACGUGUGGGAUUUUGAAUGGGUACGGAAUGACUGAGGGUACUGUCACCCUCCUCCGUGAAUCUCGCCAAGACAAAGGCGACAGCGUUGGCCGGCUUUCUGCGGGGGUAUCUGCCCGCGUUGUCGAUGAUGCUCUCAACGAUGUCAGGCCAGGGGCUGAGGGCGAGUGUCUUGUCAAGGGGCCAAGUGUUUUUCUCGCAUACAAGGGAAAUGAGAAAGCCACCCGGGAGGCAAAAACAAAAGACGGCUGGCUAAAGACAGGGGACAUCGUCAGAGUUGACGAUGACGGGUUUUUCUUUCUCACAGGGCGCAAGAAGGAAUUAAUCAAAUACCAUGGGAAUCAGAUUUCGCCAGUAGAGCUGGAAGCGGUCCUAUUGAUGAAUCCUAAGGUUCUUGAUUCCGGAGUCUGCGGAGUCUUUGACAAGAAACUUGACACAGAAAUCCCAAUCGGCUUCGUCAAGCUGACAUCUGAGGCCAACGAUGAAGAUCAAAACAUCACUUUGGAAAGCAUCCGAGCCUUUGUCAACUCCCGCGUCGCACCCUACAAGAAGUUUCGCAGGCCUCUGAUAAGUGCUAAGGAGCUACCCAGAAACUCAUCAGGGAAAUUAUUACGGAAAAAGCUGGAGGAAAUGGCAAAUCGACAACGAUCUAUUAAAUCUAAGCUUUAA